AUGAUUCAUACUACAGCAUAUCAUCCGCAAUCGAAUGGUCUAAUUGAAAGAUGGCAUAGAACAUUUAAAGCCGCUCUAAAAUGUCACAAAAAGAAGAACUGGGUGGAAGCACUACCGUUGGUAUUAUUAGGACUGAGAUGUAAGAUUCUACAAAAUGAGAACGUUUCAAUUGCAAAAAUGGUUUACGGUUCUACAAUCAAACUUCCUGGUGAUUUAUUCGAAACGCAUAGUAAGAUACCUCCUACAACUGAAUGGAUGCAUAAUGUCAGAAAUAACAUGAAUAAUCUACAACCAGCUGUUACAACUCACAAUUCAAACCAAAAGGAGUUUAUCCAUUCAGAACUCAAUAAAUGUUCAUUUGUUAGAUGUGAUGCCGUAAAAAAACCACAGCAAAAUCCUUAUAACGGACCGUGUAAAGACUGGAAAGUGCAAAAACGAUAG